AUGCUUCGUGCGGAGGAUGUAAAAGAGGAAUUUCUCUUAUGCCCUAUCUGCACUAAAGAAUUUGAUGAGGAAAUACACACACCACGGGUUCUGCCAUGCCUUCAUACAUUCUGUCAGGCUUGUAUGAGGAAAAUUCUCAAACAAAAUCUCUUAGUGUGCCCUUUCUGCAAGGUGGAAUAUGCUUUACCGAGCGACGGUAUUUACGUCUUUCCAAAAGAUUCUACAAGACGUAAUUUGAUAGAAUUUCUCAGAGUUCGAAAAAGGUCUUCUGACAUAUUGUGUAAGGAUUGUCCAGACGACAAUGUCGCAGAAGAUUUUUGUAGAGAAUGUUGUAUCUUUAUGUGUACGGAAUGCACGCGUGCACACAAAAGGAGUCUCGCAUCACGUGGUCACAUUACCAUGAAUAUUCAGCAACUUCAAUCAAGUGGACCGGAAGUCUUCCAGAGGAAACAGAAAUGUACGAAACCAGGUCACGAGGGCCAUCCUCUCAUGUUUUACUGUACCCGGAAAGGGUGUGACCAGUUAGUAUGCACAGCCUGCACAGUGUGUGAUCAUGAUAAAGCCAAAGGUCACAACAUUGUAAAUGUGAAGGAUAUUCAUCGCCAGAAAACUGCGGAGCUGAAAAAGAUCUUCAAGAUGUUGGAAGACGAGGUGAAUACUGCGAAACUAAUCAGUCAACAAACUGAUCAGGAACUGCUAAACAUAGACAUUAAAGAAUAUGAAAUCGAAAAGGAAAUCGAAGAUGUCUUUGAGAUGUGUCAAAAGGCGCUUGAUUUGCGCAAACAAGAAUUAAAGUCUAAGCUGGCUGCUCUUUGCGAAAACAAAAAGUCUGCCAUGCAACAUAGAGCAAGAACUUUGGAAACAUUUGUUGAUGAUGUCACAAGUGCGAAGGAAUUUGGUGAUAGCAUCGUUCAUCACACGGAUCCAACCGAGUUCAUUCCUCUUCAUUUAACCCUGUAUCGCCGUCUCAAAAUGUUAACAAGUCAGAAAAUUAAGAAAACGUUCCAAGUUGAAUCACCUGUCUUUGAUCCUGCAAGAAUGGAUGAUGAAUAUCAAAGACUUGUAAGGAGUAUGGGACAGUUGAGCACAACGGUUCACACGAGGAAACUUAAUUUUCGGCGUGGUCGGACAGAUAUGGGCACCUCAGGAGCGCCAACACCAUCUGUUGAAGGUGAUGUUCGAAUUGGAGAUAUUUUCUGUCCUGCAUUUCUUUUUGACUCAGACACUGUUCAUCAAUACAGAGAAUUAAGCGAUGAUUUCAGAUCCCUCAAAAACCAAACGAUGGGACACACCGUCCAGCUCCCCUACAGUGAGCGAAGGCUGAAGAAGUACCGUGGUGCCAUUGGCAGUAGACCUUUUCCACAGCCCGGAAAACACUAUUUCGAGGUAAAUGUCGGCUUCCAGAUACAUAAACAGUUAGACAAUGUCAACUUCCUAUUUGAAAUUGGUCUCAUUAAUCGCCGUAGCGACAUUGACCAAGGACACUAUGUGUACGACCACAGCAAUGCGUGGUCGUUCUGUGCACAGCACUGUGAAGAGCACAUGCAGCUCUGUCAGUGGUGUCGACAUGGAGGCCGUAACCACGCGCACACUCCCCUUUCGUCAAUAGAUGCUGGAACGGUGGUGGACGUUACGUAUGGAUUUCUGGUAGACACUGAUCAACGGAAGUUGACAAUUGUGGACUGUACCAAUCAGAAGAAACUUCAUACAUUCAGUAACCUGGAUGUUGCGCGUCCUCUGUGGCCCGUGUUCGGUUGUCAUUGGCCUAGCAAGAUCAAAAUAGAGAUGAUUCUCAGAACCGGAAGUGAUAUUAUUAACAUUCCCGCUCUUCUGGUUACUCAGCAAUAA